UGAAAAAUCUCUGAAUCGGAUCUUCCCCCCAAGGCUUCAGCUAUCGAGAAGGAAAUAGGCGGGACCCACCGGCCUCCAACACAGUGAACCUACGUACCGGUUUUUCCACUUCCGGGGAAAGAAGAGUCAGACAGCUUCACCUAAUUCGGCUCCCCCUCAUCAUCCCUGUUCGAAUGCGACGAUCUCUCUCUCUCUCUCUCUCUCUCUCUCUUUGACAGCUUUGUCAAUCAGACCUGGGCUCAGAGGGUUACUGUGAACCAAAACGUCGCUUUUUCCGUCAAAACCUCUAAAGGGUUUCUUCUAAAUGCAUAUAUUUGUUGCAGGGUUUCUGAGUAAUACUCAAGGGUUCCCUACUGGAAUCGCCUAACCAUGGCUUCUUCUUUCUUUCGGUUGCUUGUCAUUUCACUGUCGCUUUUGGUUUGGGCAUGUGGGUUCCAAGGUUGCGAUGGCCAUACUUUCAGCUUCAAGAUGCACCACAGAUUCUCCGAAACAGUGAUGAAAUGGACGCAGAGAGCAGAGAAGGGAAUCCUCGUUGAUCAUUGGCCGGAGAAGGGAACUGCCGAUUACUAUUCCACUUUGGCUGAUCGGGAUCGGAUCAUGCGAGGUUUUAGAUUUAUGGAUGUCGAUCAGCACAUCACAUUCGCUGAUGGCAACUCUACUAUCCGGAUCAGCUCCUUGGGAUUUUUGCAUUACACUACCGUUUCACUGGGGACGCCGGCUAAGACGUUUCUGGUGGCACUAGAUACCGGGAGUGACCUGUUCUGGGUCCCUUGUGAUUGCAGGAAAUGUGCACCUCUUGCAAGCUCAAACUACGGAUCUGAUGGUGAGAUAAAUAUCUAUAACCCUGAGGAGUCAUCAACACGAAAAAAAGUAACCUGCAACAACAUUUUAUGUGCCCAAAGAAGUAGAUGCCUUGGAACAUUCAGUGAUUGCCCAUAUGUGGUUUCAUAUGUUUCAGCCGAUACCUCAACUUCUGGCAUUCUAAUAGAGGAUGUUCUGCACUUAAAAACAGAAGAUAGUUCCCCACAAGUUGUGGAUGCUGUGAUAACAUUCGGAUGUGGACAGGUCCAGACUGGUUCCUUUCUUGAUGUUGCGGCGCCCAAUGGUUUAUUUGGGCUUGGAAUGGAGAAGGUUUCUGUUCCUAGCAUUUUAUCCAGAGAAGGCCUUAUAGAAGAUUCUUUCUCUAUGUGUUUCGGUCGUGAUGGAGUUGGAAGGAUUAGCUUUGGAGACAAGGGUAGCCCUGACCAAGAAGAAACUGACUUCAAUAUUAAUCAAUUUCAACCAAUGUAUAACAUCAGUAUAACUCAAAUGCGUGUGGGGACAAGUCUAAUUGAUACAGAUUUUAGUGCUCUUUUCGAUUCUGGUACUUCCUUUACCUACCUGGUUGAUCCAGCAUAUACACGGCUCUCUGAGGAUUUUGAUUUACAGGCAAAAGACAGACGUCGUCCACAAGAUCCAAGGAUGCCUUUUGAAUAUUGUUAUGACAUGAGUCCUAGUGCAAAUAGUAGUUUAAUACCAAGCAUGAGCCUAACCAUGAAAGGUGGGAGCCAGUUUCCUGUGUACGAUCCGAUAAUUGUCAUCUCCACUCGGGCUGAACUUGUAUAUUGUUUGGCUGUUGUCAAGAGUGAUGACAUGAAUAUAAUCGGGCAGAACUUCAUGACUGGUUACCUUAUUGUAUUUGACCGUGAAAAGUCAGUGCUGGGAUGGACAGAAUCUGACUGUUAUGCUGUCAAUGGUUCCAGUACUACGAAUACACAACCCAAGACUACCACUUCACCUCCUCCAAAAAGCCCCCGCAACUCUACAGCCAUGCCUCCUGCCAGUGCUGCGGGACCCGGUAGCGUCUCCCCGGAAUCUGCAAAGCGAAGUGGGAAUGAUUCUUUGUCUUCAGGGGCACCAUCAGCUUCAGUUCAAUGGUCCCAAAGUUUGAACCUCUGCAAUUGUCGUUCCUUGAUACUCUUUCUUGUAUUUUUCACCAUUAUAUGAUUAUUCAUUUUUCAGCCUAAUAAUGAAGUUUGGUAGGAGCUGCCCGUGUAUAUAUUUAUAGACUUUCAGUUAGGCUCAGUUUUACCCAUGAAUGGGGCUCUCCUUUAUGUGGUCUUCUUUUCCGAAGAUUGCCAUUGAAUUAUUUUCAGACGAUCAGUUGUAUUUAUGACCAAUAACCAUUUACAUCCCCUAUAGCUUUGAGCUC